GCCUGCCGCGGUCCUGUGCGAGCCGAGCCAGAGCUGCCCCGCCAGCAGAGCGUGUUCUCCCCAGGCAUCUCCCCACAGAUAAUCGGAGCCCUCAACAUGCCCGAGCAGAGCAACGACUACCGGGUGGCCGUGUUUGGGGCAGGGGGCGUGGGCAAGAGCUCUCUGGUCCUGAGGUUUGUGAAGGGCACGUUUCGGGAGAGCUAUAUCCCCACGGUGGAGGACACCUACCGACAGGUGAUCAGCUGCGACAAAAGCAUCUGCACCCUGCAGAUCACCGAUACCACUGGCAGCCACCAGUUCCCCGCCAUGCAGCGGCUGUCCAUCUCCAAGGGUCACGCCUUCAUCCUGGUCUACUCCAUCACCAGCCGGCAGUCGCUGGAGGAGCUCAAGCCCAUCUACGAGCAGAUCUGCGAGAUCAAGGGGGACGUGGACAGCAUCCCCAUCAUGCUGGUGGGCAACAAGUGUGACGAGAGCCCCAGCCGCGAGGUGCAGAGCAGCGAGGCCGAGGCCCUGGCGCGCACGUGGAAGUGCGCCUUCAUGGAGACCUCAGCCAAGCUCAACCACAAUGUGAAGGAGCUGUUUCAGGAGCUGCUCAACCUGGAGAAGCGCAGGACUGUGAGCCUCCAGAUCGACGGCAAGAAGAGCAAGCAACAGAAGAGGAAAGAGAAGCUAAAGGGCAAGUGUGUGGUCAUGUGAAGGCCAGCCCACCGGUGCCCGCGGAGGAGCCGCGCGCCCGGGCGCGCCCCUCCCAGCGCACCUUCCCUGUCCGGGCAGCAUGUCUCAUGCCCACGUGUGACACUGCACCUGCCCGAGUGCGCCCUCAUGUCCUUACCAGGGCGGUCCACACCGCUGCACCAUUGGCCACCCCUCUCUGGAGUCACACACCUGCCAGGCAUUAAAAAAUCCAACAGCUCAGGAUCCCAGGCCAACUGUGGGAGUUGCCAGCCACUGGCUUGUGGGUGGCUUUGGCUGUUAGGAGGUGGGAGGGCUAGACCCAGGAGAAGGAUGGGGGGCUGUGUCACCUACAUGUGUGUUGAAGUGUGUUAGCCCAGAACCAUGGGCUCCACACCAGGCAUCUCCCCCUGCUCAGAAGUCAGUAGCAUCUUUGGGGGAUGGGUCAGAGGACCAGCUGGUCCCAAGUGGACACAGUGGUUCCAUUUCACAAGUUUUUAAAGGGACCCCCAAAGGAUAUGUGUUCCCCAUGCAUUCCCCUUUUCCCGCCCCAAGGGGAUGAUUCGCCUCCUGUAGAUCUAGUUAGCACGCAUAUUGUUAGCUGAGUAGAGCACUUAUUUUCACAUGCAGUGAUGAGCUCACUAACCGUGUGCUCUUGUGUGAGAAAGUUCUUUCAUUUUUGAGUAAGGGUAUCGUGACAAUAAAACAUCGCAAUAAUGUUCCUGUGUGUUGUACUGAGGGUUUUAGAAAUGUGAAGUUUCUUUCCUUUGGUCUGAGGGCUAUGUCUUCUUUCAGUCCUCAGAUUUUAAAUAAAAGCAAAUAAAGUAGCUAUUUUUAAACUUUUUUGUCCCUCUAAGACAGAUUUCUUCUCUCAUAAAUGACUUGAUCUGUAUCCAGCUGGAUAGGAUCCAACAGAGGCCAUCCAACAGCCAGAAGCACAUCCAUUUUUCUAAAUGACACGAACAUGUAUGUGCCACAAUUUGCACCUUAAUGAAAUACUUUGAAACAACAUGUUCACUCUGUUUUCGAUGAUCUCUCUAUAUUGGAAAUGUACUCCUGGAAAUGCAUUUACUUAUUAGUUCUCUUGCAUGUUCCAUUAUACUUGUCCUCUUAAGAGCUGUUCAAUGCAGUAUUCACCCUUGACACAAUUAUCUUCCAUUGAUUAUAUGUAUAUCCUUAACUCUUCCAGCCAAAUUAUAGUCCCUCCUGGCUCCUGUGUGCAUCUCAUGGCAGACUAUGGUGGCUGCAAAGAGGUCUGGUAUUCUGUUCUAGGCAGAGCCCACUCCACUUAACCACUCUGCCAUCGUGAAGUCUGGUUGGGCUCUGUUUCUUGAAAAUUCCCACUGGCAGAGCCUGAGUCUUCUGUUUCAGUUGGCAGAACACAGCCACCCAGCCUGCUGGAUUGUCUCUUGGCCAUCCUUCCUAUUGCCCACCCAGCGGGAGGAGGAAGCUGCGGUACCAUGUGGGCCUGCAAACAGGGCCACUUUUCUGUUUGGCAGAAUGCCAACUCUGGGCCGCGCUCCCAAGUUGGGGAAGUUGCGUGUACCACCUUCUGCACCUGCUGUUUUUGCUGUUCUUUCUGCACCGGGCUUCCUGCAGCAGCCACAUGGCCACCUUGGUCCUGUAAGGCACACUGUGCUCUCAGUAGAUCCUGGUUCCCUUUGGCCCUUUCUAGGGCAGCUCUCUUGUUUGGUCUCCUCCUCUUAGCACACCUUAACUUACUGUGGUGAUAAUGUUUACCAUGUGGGAGGUGAUUUUUUUUUCCCCUCUGCUGCUCAACUUUAAUGACUUUAUUUGCUUCAUAUAACACAAAAAAUGUAUAUCUUAACCUUGUUAAAUAUAUAGCUGAGUGGUAUUAAAUGCAUUCAUAAAAGCAUACUACUCAUCUCCAGAAUGUUUUCAACCUGCAAAAUUGAAACUCUGCAUUCAUUAAACAGUAACUCCCUGUUUCCCCUUCCUUUGCAUUCUUGGCAAGCAUCUUUUAUUUUCUUUUUUUCCAUUAAGUUUAUUG